UCUUCGUGUGUUUAACAGAUGAAUCAGUGGAACAUGUUCUGAAUUACAAUGUUCUAGUUUUCUGAAAGAUGGUCCGAAUGCAGGAAAAAAGCGUAUAAGUGCAAUCUUGGUAUUUCUUUCGAAUUGUGGAGUACGAGAAUAUUGGCUUUAGGUGAGAAACUUUCCAUUUUCUACACACUCCAUCACAGUAGGUGGCGGUAUGACCAAUAAAGUUUGUUCAACACCCGCCAUGAAACCAAACGAAGAAGAACCACUGUAGAAGAAAGAAAGGAGACUGAGCUUUAGACAAUGUUGAGCAUGAAAGCGCAGGUGGAUGUGGUCUGCUGUAAAUCAGUAGGAACUGAUCUGUCCAUGCUGGAUAUUGAGGAUUUCAUCACAGAAAUCUGUCAGCUGAAGAAAGAGGUGGCUUCACUGGAGGCAAAGCUGAGAGAAAGAGGAGACAAACUGAACAGAGAGGAUUCAGUCUGGAGCGUCAGAGAUCAGAGAUCCAGAGUAACACAGGACUCAGAUCUGAGUCUCACUUUGCUCUGUUAUACUGACGCUCAGGAUCAUGAAUCCACUGAUCAAACCUCUGACUGUAACGCUGGAGAACAGCAGAUGCUGCAGACGCCGCUGAAGAUGUGCUCCGUCAAACUGGUGGACUGCAGGAACCUGAUCGAGAGCAGAGGAGAAGAAACCACCGCAGAGAAACAACAACAACACACUGAUGAGGAAGAGGAGGAGGAGAAUAAUGGGGAGGAAGAUGAAGAUGGUGAUGAUUGUACUGAGAAUAAUGAUGAUGUUGACGAUGGUGACUUUGUUCCUUCAGAUAACAAUGCUGGUUUAUCUCCUGAUGGUGAAACUGCAUCUACAUCGAAAGACCAAAAGACAAAGAAGGGUUUCUCCUGUGCCACCUGUGGAAAAACAUUCAGCAAACAGUGUAAUUUAACAAGACAUACCAGAAAGAAAAAACACACCGAACAUAAUGACUACAGCUGCAAGAUCUGCAACAUCAGUUUUCCAACCUUCAAAGAGAGAACCGUUCAUUCAAAAGAGCACAGCGUGAAGAAGGAGUUUCACUGCGAACAGUGCGGGAAGGAUUUUUUUAACACUCUUUAUAGUAUGAGAGCUCAUAUAAAGACACAUGAAGAAAAGACUCUUCAGUGCAAUGAAUGCAACAAGUAUUUCCGGAACAAACGAGAUCUUUCAGUUCAUAUGAGAAUUCACACAGGUGAAAAACCGUAUCAGUGCCCUAAAUGCGAGAAAAGUUUUAACCAGGGUACGCAUCUGAAGAACCAUUUACUCUUGCACACCAACGAGAGACCGCAUCAGUGUCCUCAAUGUGAGAAGAGCUUCACCCAGGGAUCUAGUCUGAAGACACAUCUACUCAAGCACAGCAAUGACAAUCCGUAUCAGUGCAGUGAAUGUGGAAAACCUUUUAUGAGCACAGCUUCUCUAAAGUUACACCAUAAAAUGCACUCUGAUGACAAACCGUAUCAGUGUUCACACUGUGAGAAACGUUUCCAUCUUUUGAGUUUAAUGAAAACCCAUGAGAGGAUUCACACCGGAGAGAAACCGUACCUGUGCUCUGACUGUGGGAAGAGCUUUGCUAGGUCAUUUGCUUUCAAAAUUCAUCAGAGAAGUCACACCGGAGAAAGACCUUAUCCUUGUAGUGAUUGUGGGAAGGGUUUUAUUAACGCAAAUGACUUAAAAGUGCACCGGAGGACUCAUACGGGAGAAAAACCUUUUAAAUGCUCAUAUUGUGACAAGACUUUCAUCCGAGGAUGUGUCAAAAAUGUCCAUGAACGAAUACAUACAGGCGAGAAACCUUACUGCUGCUCCAUCUGCGGAGAGAGAUUCGCUUUUAAAUGGGGUUUUCAGACCCACAAGAAGAAGCACGCUGCUCCAGAAUCAUCAUAGCUUCUUCUUGUAAUUAUUUUUAGAUUCUCUAAAACACAGGAAUGUAUGGUUGUAUGGUUGUAAAAAGUAAAACCUAUAGCAAGAAUGUCCCUAGAACAAACUCAAACCUGCUCCUGGAGGGCCGCUGUCCUGCAGAGUUUAGCUCCAAGCGUAAUUAAACACAUCUGAAGCAUCUCAUCAAUAGCUCUGUCCAGAAUCACCACUAUACCCUUGAAUAGGACACUAUUUGAGAAGACAGUGGACUUUACUCAGUGUGCUCAUUCAAUCCCACAAUGCACUGCAAUAAUGAGUGUACAACUGAUGUACACCAACAUCUAGUGAAAACUCAAAAUGCUCUGUAAGGAUCGAGCCAAGUUAAUUCCUAUGUCUCGCAAGAAGAUGGCAUCUGCAGCUGAACCAUGUUUAUACAUGCAAGUUUCUUUGACAGUUCUAGAUACAUCUUUUAUCUGGUGGAUGAGGAGAGACCCCCUGACUAUGUAAAGCGCUUUGAGUGCCUAGAAAAGUGCUAUAUAAAUGUAAGGAAUUAUUAUUAUUAUUUUAAUCUUACAGCUCUGCUGGGAAUGGCAGUUAAGAUUCACAUGAUUAACAAACCCUUCCAUACCUCUCAGUGUUUGAAUUAACUCCUUCAAUUGGUUUAAUAGUGAUUAAGGUAAUAUGGGGUGAUUUCAAACAAUGCAAAGGUUUUGUGUGUGUUUAUGGGUUUUUAAUCACAGUUGAUGAGGACUAAUUAUUUUACCAGUUAUUAAAUAAUUCCUGAAAAACAUGAUGACAUCUAAUGACCCUUAUUGGCCUCAGUCACUUUGCUCCAGCCUGCUCUUAUCUCUGUUUGGCUUGGCCCGGAGUCAUUGAGUCCGGUAGAUCCACAUUUGAUUGCCUGUGACAUCCAGAUUAUCAAUUUGAAAUUGUUACUAAGGCAAAACAGUGAUCAUAAUCUUGCUGAGGAUUGAUAUAUCGGUGAAAGGGUACCACUGGUGCCAUUCAACAAUAUAUGUCUUUACAGACUCCACAAAUUAACCAUGGUUUUGUUUACCACAUAUUCUAGAGAGCAUUUGAUUGGACAGAAAGUUGGAUGAGAAGCUGAACUACAGAGGGAAGUCAUCAAAAUUGUUGAUUCAUAUUGUUGGAAAUGAGAGACUAAGUUAAUGCUUAUGUUAAUGCUUUGUCGUUGUUUUGGAGCACACAAGGUUAUAGAUAACCUUAAGGCUAUAUAAAAAUGUUUACUUCAAUUUUGAUUUCAUUGAGACUUUAAUCAGCUACAGCACAAUGAAUAUUAACUGUACGCAAUGGGAUUAAAGCCUGUACUAUUUUCUAUAGUAACCAUAUAACAUCUCAGCAUAGCCUACAGUAAAGCAGUGUAAUACAAAUAAAAAUUCAAGUUUACAGUG